AUGUCCUGCGGCCACACAAUUUUCACUCACUCAAUCAACUGCGACAGCGCGCACUGCCAGCAGCAGCAUCAGUCCCAGCCCGCCUUCCUCAACGACAGCUGCGCCGCUUGCCACCGGCCCACAAGCUACGCUCAGAACCGCGCGCGGCACGAGGCCGAGCACGCUGUGCUGAUGGGUGAUUACAUGCGGGCCGACGCCGCGGGCGACGAGGCCGGCAUGCGGCGGGCUCGACGUGCUAUGCUAGAGCACACGCGGCUGCUGCGCCAGCGAAACUUUGCGGUGAGUUUGGUGAGGGAGGAGCCGGGUGGCGAUGUCGAGUGGCCUGGCCUGCCUUCCCGUGAAUGA